CACGUGUCUGUCUUCGAUGAACUUUGCGUCAUCUCCUUCUUCUCCAUUCUCUCCUCUUUGAUCCAUUUCCACCAAAAAAAAAUAGUUUUAUUUAUCUUUCUCGAAACAGGAAAAACAUGGCGGAGGACGAUGCAGACCCUAGUACAAUCCUCUACAUUCAUCCUCGGAGGGAAGCCUUUGCCCACGGUCUUCUUCCAAUUCCCAAGCUCAUCUUCAACGACGGCAUACAAACCCUAGGUCCUCUUAAGGACAAGCUUCUCGAGAGAUCUUCUCAAUCCCCUAAUCGCCGCCUUGACUCUCUUGCCAUAUCCGACGUCCUCCAGAUUUCACCCGACCAUGCCCGCUUGGUUCUCGAUACCAUCGCUUGCGUUCUUUUCUCCGAUUCCGAUCCCCUUGUCACCGCCAGCCCCGAUGAGGUUGAGUCCGUCGGUGUUAAUGUCUAUGACCUGGUUUUAUUUCUCUACAUUCAGUCUUAUAAACGCCUUCUUUCUCGGACGCAUAAGGAUUCUGCCUCUGUCGCCGAUGUCUGGCCUUCUACUUCAGCUUUCGAUGGUUACCUAUCGGCUCUAUCGCCAUUGCAGCUUGUGCGUAGCAACAGUCGUCGCUUUAUGCCAUCACAAGCUGAUGAAGAGGCUCAUCAGUUAUCUUACCUGCAGAAGCACAUGGCGAAUAUCCUUUCUCUUUUAGCUGAUUCUGAAGUUGGGGAAGUGAAAGGGGAAGGAGAAUGCUCUCUGGAAGUUGUGAGUGUGGAAAACUUUGAACACCUCGAUUAUCUGGUAUACUUUGGUGAAAGAGGAUCCGAAAAAACUCCCUUAAGCCAAUCCUCCCCAUUCUUUGCUAAUUCAGACCCGGACAUGCCUGCUGCUCCUAUUCCUGCAACCCAAGUUCAUGAAUGGCUUUUACAGAAACUAGCAUCUUCUUUAGAACACGUUUCUGAAAUAAUAACCUCCUCAAAAGAAAAUGGAACUGCGGUUGUUGAUCAGGAUGUUCCUAUGGCUGACGCCCCGCCGACAAGUUCUACCAAGUCCUCCAUCAAUGCUAAGGCUUCCAAUUUUAUUGAAGGGAUCUCAAAAUCAUCUUAUCUUAAACAGGCCAGCGAUCUCAAAGAAUCUUCUGUCAAGGUGGUGAACUGCCACGAGUCUGUCAUUUACAUAUUAGCUCCACUGAAAUAUGCUACCAUUUAUGGAUGUUCUGAUGCAACUGUAGUUCUUGGAGCUGUUGGCAAGACAGUAAGAGUUGAACACUGUGAGCGAGUUCAUGUUGUUCUAGCUGCCAAAAGAAUUUGUGUUGCAAAUUGUCGUGAAUGUGUUUUCUUCAUAGGAGUGAAUCAGCGACCUCUAAUGGUUGGUGAUAACCAUAAGUUGCAGGUGGCACCAUACAACACAUAUUACUCGCAGUUGGAGGAGCACAUGAAACAAGUGGGCAUCGAUGCAACUGUCAACAAAUGGGAUGAGCCAGUUUCUUUGGGAGUUGUUGAUCCACACGAUUCAAUGUCUCAUCCUGCAGGCGCGUCUGAUGUUCAAGCCGAGUCUGCAACCAAUGUAGAUCCUGAUCAGUUUACCAAUUUUUUGAUUCCAAACUGGUCUGAUGGUGAAACUCCUGGAUCUACAAAAGACAACCCAUUCAAGCUGCCUGACCCUUAUAAGCAAUCUCAGCAAAGAAAUACGGACAACCUGGGCGAACUUAAACAAAUUUUGCGAGAGACCCAACUCGAUGACAGUCGGAAACGAGAGUUAUCAAGUGCACUCCACAUAUAUUUCAAGGAUUGGUUAUAUGCCACUGGAAAUAUCAGGCAGCUGUACUGCCUUCAAGGCGACUGAAUCCUGCUUUAGUCACAAUCCAAAGAAGUAUAGUUGUAUUAGGGAAGCCUCUCAUCUUAUCAAAGAGUAUGGGUGGUGGAAUUUUUUUUGCCACCAACUCAGUCUAAUAACCAAACUAAAUAAUGGUAAUAGGAGCACCUUGCUUAGGCAAGAGUAAUAUUCCUUCUUGGAAGUCUUUGUUCUGUAAUAGUUUUUUAGUUCAGUUAUUGUUACAGAUCAAACAGAGUAGGAUUGGUUAUUUCUGGAGUUUGACAGCUCCAUGGGAAAAGAGCCUUGCUUCUUGAGAGCUCCCUUUUAACUAUUAUUUUCUCACAUUCUCUUCAUUUUAUUGGAAAAUUGAAUUUCUUUUUAUUUAGCUUAAGAUAUUUUUUAGAUUAUGUUCUAAUUAUUAUAAGAUUUUUGUUAGUUUAUUUCGUAUACAAAAUUAUAAUAAAAUAUCAUAUAAUUUUUAUUUAUCAACAUGAAUUCUGGGUAAGGCUAAGACAUAGGUAAAAGUACCUCUGAUCCAAAACUAACUUAAGGGGUUCAUCUGGAGCAACUUCUCUGCUUGAUCUGGGAAGAAUGUGAUAAAUAGAUAUGCAC